AAAAAGAAAAGAAAAAAUUCCGGAACCUUUGUUCCCCACCUGCGUUUCUAGUACGACUUGUUUUGGAAAGACACACUGGCCAUAAAAUCGCUUGUUUUACUCGGAUCAGCUGCAUCUUUCGUGGCUGUUGGAGAGUUUCUUAGAUCCGAUCCAAUGUCGGAUAAGCGUCAACGUGCGCGAGUCCAGGGCUCCUGGGCCAAACAGUCUCCCAAACCCUCAGGUCAAACAGGUAUUGCCCCAAAGAACAAUCAGCCUAUCAGUGCCAAUGCAGCCUUUGGCUCUUGGAGAUUUGGAAAUGAGAAGGCUUCCAAAGCUUUUGAGUUCCAUCAGCCUACUAAGCCAGUUAGAGAAGUUCCUCCAGAGAGAGUGAUAGAACAUGCUGGGGAAUAUGAAAUCAGCUACGGACCAGCGGGAGUGUCUCGAUUACGUCUGCAGCCGGGGUUCCUCUCCACAGAGGAGGCAGACUGGAUGUUCAGUAAGCUGCUAGCAGAGCUUCCUUGGUCUCAGAAGACCAACUACAGACAGGGUGAGGCAUACGAGGAGCCCAGACUAACUUGUUGGUUUGGAGAGUUGCCGUAUACAUACGCUCGUUCCACUAUGCCCUCUAACCCUCAGUGGCCCCCCGUGCUGGAAACUCUCCGUGCAGCAGUGGAGCAGACGACCGGAUGCUCCUUCAACUCUUUGUUAUGUAACUUGUAUCGCGAUGGGCAUGACAGCAUUGGCUGGCACAGUGAUGACGAGGCCUCUUUAGGAGCCAAACCAACCAUCGCCUCUGUGAGUCUGGGCGACACCAGAGUGUUCAGCCUCCGCAAGCAGCCUCCACCGGAGGAGGAUGGUGACUACACCUAUGUGGAACGGAUUCGGGUUCCUUUGACUCACGGGACUCUUCUACUGAUGGAAGGAGCCACACAAGAUGACUGGCAGCACCGAGUGGCUAAAGAGUACCAUGACAGGGGUCCACGCAUCAACUUGACCUUCAGAACCAUCUUCCCAGAACCGGAGGGCCACAGACCCGGCACCAAGAUGAGAUUCACUGAAAAGGAUUCAUAAAAUAUCCUCAUGAGAAGAAAGCUGACUGUGUUUCUGCUGUUUGCAUAAACUAAGUUUGUUCAAAAAAUCAAGGAUCAGCUGUUUGGGGGUUUUUUGGUUUAUUUAUUAAAUGUAUCGGACCGGUUCAAAUGGACCGCAUAAACACCAGUUACCCCAACAACUUUGGAAAAGCAGAGAAGAAGAAAGGGUUUCUAAAAGUUCUAUUUGACAGGUUUAUUUAUUUGGAAUAAACUGCUGUUUAUGACAAGUUAUUAAAGAAAUACAUUUCACCAUUUCACCCAUUAUUGGUUUUUCUUUCAAAGAAGGAAAUUUUGACGAUUGGUUUCACCAAAUACUGGAACUGAUGUGGCGCCAAAUCUGUUAUGUCAUUCUUUUUCAAAUGGAGUUUUUCUAUCAUUUCAUCAACUAUCACUACCUGUUGACGUUUGGUGUGUCAGUUAAUGUGACAACGUUCCAUUUCAUCAGGUGUCUUAAUAAAGAAGGCGAAUUAUUUAAUUGAUGAACCAA